GGACCCACAGGUCACCGUCAGAAUUGUUUCCGACAGUCUUAGAAACCCGCGGAUAGCACUGCAUUGUGGGAUAGAUGCUGAGAGGAACACCCAAGAGUCUGUUUAUAUUGAAGUGAGACUAUGGGGAACCAGGCUCAGGGACCCAGGGUGUUCGCGGCUGAUGACGUACUUGACCAGGCCUCAGGGACGUUCGGGGAGGGAGCGGAUAUCCCCGUGGUCCCUCCAAAAAUAACCAAGGAGGAACUCCUCAAGCGAGUGGACUUUGCUUCUAUAGAUCAAACGGCUCUCAAGGCACCACCAGAGCUUCUAUUAGAGAAUUUCUGGGACAUCGCGGAUCACCUGGUGGUAUCCAAAAGCUUUAAAGUCAUUGACGACCUGUUUCGAAUCCGUGCUAUAUUUAGAUGGAUGACAUCAUUUGACGAAGAGAGCAUCAUAUCCCAAAUUCUUCCUCCAGAAAAUAGCCCUUUAGAGUACCUAAUAAAAAUACAAUCGGACUUCGGUGAUCAUGCCAAUCUACUCUAUGUCUUAUGUGUGUCUGCUAACAUUCCGUGUGUCGUGAUCAAUGGCGUUUCUAAGCACGGCUUCUAUGAGGUGGGUGAUCAGAUCAGGAAAGAAGUACUAGCGUCAAAAUGGAACGCGGUAUACGUGAACGGGGAGUGGCGCCUGAUCGACCCGUUCUGGGCCCACACCUCCAUCCCCUACGCCCAGUACCGGGACCAAAUCACCGUGGAUGAAAACGGGCAGAUAACUCUGUCGACCGAGAUGGGGGACACGGAGGGAGAACCCCGCCCGGUCAACGAGUUCUUUUACCUGUGUGACCCAGAAAAGUUCAUAUUUACUCAUUUUCCGGACGAGGAGCAAUGGCAACUCUUGGCCAAUCCUAUCACAGAGGAACGAUUCCAGGAGCAACCGUACUUCCGGGAACACUACCACCAUCUUGGUCUCAGCAUCAGUAAAGGAUUUUCCGACACCGACAACUGUAUCCUGCGGCCGGAUGGACGACCCUGUAAGAUUAGCUUUGAUUUACCGAGAGACAAGUCAUCAAAUCUUGAUUUCAAGUACUCAGUUACAGAGUUAGACGUAGAGGAAAAUACUGAUACCAGUGACCUUGACAAAUACGUGAUGAUGAGCAAAUCAAAAACCACGUUACAAUUUGGUGUAAGCUUUCCUUUCAUUGGUCGAUUCAGGCUGGACGUAUACGGCACUGAUAAUUCUAAAGACAGUCCAUUUAAUCUCAUGUUAUCAUAUUUAAUCCACUGUGGAGUGCCAGUCAAAGACUUUAAAGGAUUUCCCGAAGUCCCAGAACAUGGGUGGGGGCCACAUCCUCUCGCUGAAGAACUCGGGAUCGUUCCCAUAAGUCCAAAGUCAAGCGUUAUACAAACAGAAACUGGCAUCGUUGAAAUUCGGUUUCCAGCGUCCAAAGCCCGAGAAAUUAGCCACUGCUUGGGCUCCACCAAGUUUGAUGCUGCUACAAUGAGCAGACACGCGCUGGGUCGUUUGGACACAGUCCGACAGGAAUACUUCGUGUACGUGCGACUUCCGGAGCAAGGUGACUAUACUCUUAAAAUAUUUGCCGAUGUUGACGCAUUGCGUGGAAAGAUCCCUGACUCCACGGUUAUGACGUAUCUGAUCGAGUUCACUGGGGACGCCACUAACGAUCCUUAUCCGUUUAUUCUGGGAAGUCAAAUCGGCUCUAAAUUAGGAGCGUUUCAGUUGGAUGUAGAAGCUGUGGAUGAAAACAAUGGUGUUUUGAUGGCUUGGGAUGGAAAACUUGACUUAAAUUUAACGGCUAGUAAAGAUGCCGCCUUGUUUAGCGAAUUAUCUACAUCAAACCCAAUUGCUAAGAAGGUCAUGAGUGUCAAAGAUACAAAUGAGAAGGGCAACUGGAAAUUCAGUCUCAAAUUGCCAGUAGCUGGACUUUAUUCUUUGAAUCUUUUUGGAUGGAACGAGAAGGAGAAAAACAAAAAAGUGGAGGAGAUUUACAGUUUUCUGAUUCAGUCCACAGGAUCGCUGAGUAAAGAGGAACUGGAAAAACUGGCAAAAAAGGGUAAAGCCAGGAAAGGCGUAAAAGACAUGAAGUCUGGCUUUGAGAGAUCGAACACUGUCCUUGACAGUGAAUCCCAACUAGCCAAGGCUAGGACUGAUACAAAAACCAUUACCACAGAGAGGAUAUCCUCUGAGACAGGCGACAUGGCAAAGAGUAGACAACAGGCUGGCACUGAUGUAGACGUAUUCCCAAUCAGUGAUCAAUUUUCAACGAACGAUGGAUCCAGUACCAAUAAACCGCCGGCUUCCACGGGCUAUGGGCGACAACCAUCUCGGGGAAGUAUCAAAACAACCGGAAGUUUAGAUAAAACAGUAAACGGGACAAAACAACAGACGACACACAAUAACAAUAAUGAAAAACCUAAAAAUUCCUCUUCACAUGGGGGUAAAGAUUCGAAAAGUGACGGAAAGAGUUCCCCUCGAAAAGGUGUUCUGAAAAAGGGUGAUGACAAAACACUUUCAAAAAACAGAAAAGGCGUGUCCAUUGUAGAAGCUGAUAAAAAAGAUGAUGGUGUGAAGAAAAAGAAGAAAGAUGAUUUGGAUGUCCGAACAUUUCAAACAACAAAAAACAUUGUUAAAAUCAAUAUCGAACAUCCAAUUAAAUCUGUUUUUACAUCAAUGACUAAAACGGAUGCCAAUGACAAACCCGGUGACAAGGCAGCCGUGAUUAAAACUAAAGACGGGAUCGAGGUUCGAAUCCAAGGAUACGGCAGAUAUCAAGUGGAUGUCAUGAGUAAGGAGACUGGACCGCGCGUUAAAGUAGUGGGACGAUACACAGUCAUCCGGGUCCCUACCUCCAAUCCCAGCCAAGAUGAGUCCAUGUCCGAUUCUAAACUGUUUGAUGGAUUUGGCUUCGGUGGGAACGUGUUUGUCGACAGUGAUGAGGAGAUACCGACUAGAGAGGCAGAAAACAAACCGAAAACAUCCACAAAGAAGAACCAGUUGUCAGAUAAGGUGGAUUACGGGACGGUGGUCCCCGAUAACAGGUCAAUCAAAAGCACCGAUCUCCUGGACGAAAUCCUACAGGGACGAUUUACUGAUGCUACAAAUCGAGAGAUGAAGGCAAAAUUGAGAAAGGCCUUAAAAGUUAAAGACCUUGAUCUUAUAUUGAAAUAUCUGGAACUAUACCAAUCAACGUCCAAAACGAAAAGAGACACCAUUUUCCCGAAGGCCGUUAAGGAUGUCAUGAAGAAGAUUAAAGAUCAACAAAGACUAGUGCAGGAAUGCAAGAUGGAGACCCCGGUUCUGAUGGAUGAAACAAUCCAUGUCACCAAGACGCCUGAUGACGUCAGAGUGGUGGUGGUGCAUAAGAUCAUCGACAAAAUGACACGGAAGGAGAAGGUAACUCGAGUCACCCUGGAAAUCAACCAGAUCGCACUGACGGAAAUCAAGCAGUACGCUAACCCACCGGAAGGGGUGCACGAGUGCAUCAUGGCGACGCUUGUCCUGCUAGGAGACCAGCCGGAAGACUGCAAGGACUUCAGUGCAUGUCAGGGCCUUCUGUUUCGUACAGGACACUUGUACAUAAUGCGCAGAAUCACGCGCUUUAACAUUCAGAGUGUGCCUCGAGACCGCGUUGACUUUGUGAGCAGACUACUGAAGGACUUCAGUAUGUGGCAGAUCCUUGACGUCAGCAAAGGCGCCGCCGCCUUCUACAUGUGGGUGAAGGCCAUGCUGCAUGACAUCCAAAAAAGCCGUCCUCCGACCAGGGCUGUUUCCGGAAAAUCCACCCACUCCGUAAAACGUGUACCCCCGCGCCCCACACUCCUCCCAGAGUAUAUCAGCCGCAGGGACGGAACCGUAAUCCUCAAACUGUAGAAAAACCCGCUCAUUAAACGCACCGAGACUUACAGGCAGCAGUCUGAAGGAAGGUAGACCACUGAACGCACCAAGACAAACUCGUUGAGGAAUGUAGAGUCACUAUUACCCCCUCCCAGCACUUAGUCAGCAUAAGGAUCAUUAUCAUCUGGCAGAACUACAUUUUUAUUUAAUUUAUGGAAAGGAAGUAUGAAAGACGUGAUGAAUUAUCCAUCAAAAGACCUAAUAAUGACGUAUCUCUUCGACUGUGAUAUUAUACUUACAUGACAAUACAGUAUUUUAUUUAUAUCUGAUAUCAAAAAUUAUUUUCGUUGACAAACUAUUGUAAUUAAUUUCUGUUAUUAUGUUAUUGUCAUUGUCAUAAUUUUUAUGCAAAAGUAAAAUGCGCACGACUUAA